GUACCUGCUCCGGAUAUACAAUAUGCACACUAACCCUAUUUCGUUUUGUUUCAUAUGCAGUUCAGCGAGGACCUGGGGGCAGAGCAGCCGCCGAGACAAGCCAAUUGUUGGCUGUCGAUGGGCUGGCCUAUCAAUAGCAUCAUUUGCGGCAUGGCGAGCCGCGACCUACGCGCUUGGGGAGCGACUCGGCUGGGGGCGAAUAGAAAGCUCCUAUCUCUGGCAUCAAUUAAGGUACGGAGCCGAGUCGUGGUUGUGAUGAUUUACAAUCCGUCUACGCUAUCAACAAGCGGGAUUGCCAUGGUGCGAUCAUCUUCUGCCGAUAUGCCGAUUACCCAUCUGGGCGACGAUUCACACAGUACUAUUGCCUGGAGAGGUUGACAAUGCUUCUCCAGACUCCAGA